AUGCAUCCAUCAGGCCCAGUUGUUGUGGUAAGUCUCUUUUGUUCUUCUUCAGCUCUGAUUCAAGCUGCAGAGGUUCCUCAUCUGAUCUCUUUGACUCUGGUUGAAUUUGGUGACAAUGUUACUUUUCACUGUACAGUCUCUGAGAAUGACAAAUUAUUUCACUGGUAUAAACAGCCUUUUGGACAAAUGCCCCAAACAGUCGCUUCUGGACUCAACGGAAAAAUAACAGUCAGUGAAGAAUUUAAAGAGCCACGUUUCAACAUCACAAAAGAGGGUGCUCACUUUUCUCUCACCAUCAGAAAUGUAAGCAAAGUGGAUGAAGCAGUAUAUUUCUGUCUAAAGGGAACAGCGUUUUCACAGGAUUUCAUCAAUGGCACAUUCUUGGCUGUGAACGGUAAAAAUAAUUUUCUGUUAUUUCAUCUACAGUAUGUGAAACAAAGUCCGGAGACAGCAUCAGUCCAGCUGGGAGACGCAUUGACUUUUCAGUGUGCACUGCUCUCCAAGAACAAAGCAGAAAACACAGAUCAGUGUCCAGGUGAACGCAGUGUGUACUGGUUCAGAGCUGGAUCAGGAGGGUUUCAUCCAGGUGUCGUUUACAUUCACGGGAACAGGAGUGAUGAACAAGAGGAAAGGAGCUGUGUCUACAGUUUGUCCAAAACUAUACAGGACUCCUCUGAUACUGGGACUUAUUACUGUGCUGUGAUCACAUGUGGACAAAUCCUGUUUGGAGAAGGGACAAAGGUGGACAUAAUGGUAAAGGUGAUUCCAGGAUCAAAGUUGGAUCCAGUUCUUCUUGUACUUGGAGCACUGUUGGCCUGCUGUGUGACUGUCAUUGCCGUCCUCAUGUUCUACAUUAAUGGGAGGAGAGUUUGUGAGAAUUGCAAAGAUCCAGAAGGAUGGUGA